AUGGGAAGGAUCUUCAAUGUUUCCCUAGCAGUUUUCGCUGCUACCGGUUCCUUUCUUUUCGGAUACGAUGGGGGUGUCAUGACAGAUGUCAUUGGUUCCAAUAACUUCCUCAAGUAUUUCAAUACAACCGACACCUCUUCCAUAAUUGGCGCCAUCAACUCAACGUUCAAUGGAGGAGCCGUAUUCGGAUCCCUCAUGGGAGGGCUUACAAUGGAUCGUUUUGGGAGGAGAAUGACAAUUCAGAUAGGCGCGCUCAUUUGUCUCGUUGGCGCAAUUCUACAAGCGGCUGCCAAAAACCUCGGGAUGAUUCUUGUGGGAAGGAUCUUUGCUGGCUGGGCUGUGGGACUGCUCAGCAUGGCCGUUCCAGUCUACCAGUCCGAGUGUGCGCACCCUAAGAUUCGUGGUUUGAUUGUUGGCAUGUCUCAACAGAUGAUCGGAAUCGGAUUUAUUGUUUCUACUUGGGUUGGUUUUGGCUCUGCUCAUGCGGGAGACCAAUCGCAGUUUCAGUGGAGAUUUCCACUUGCUUUCCAAGCGGUGCCCUGUGUUAUACUGGCUAUCGGUAUGAUCUUCUUUCCUGAAAGUCCUAGGCACUUGAUGGCCACGGAUCGUGAAGAAGAAGCCAUGAGGGUUCUCAAAAAGCUGCAUUACAACGGAUCAAAUGCGGAUUGGGUUGAAACCGAGUUCAACGAAAUCAAGCAAACUCUAGCGGCGGAGAAAUCUGUCACUGUGCCAGGAUGGAAAAUCAUGUUCACUGUUCCACAAUGGAGAACUCGACUGUUCCAUGGUGUUGCCGUCCAGGUAUUUACACAAUUAAGUGGUAUCAAUGUGAUUGGAUAUUACCAAGUCAUCAUGUAUAAGGCGCUCGGAUUCACGGGGGGAAAAGCUAUUUUGAUCUCGGGUAUCUAUAAUUGCGUUGGCCCAGUUUCAAAUUUCAUCUUUAUCGUAUUCAUUCUCGAUCGUGUCGGGCGUCGAAAGCCACUUCUGUUCGGAACUAUUGGAAUCACACUAGCAUUAAUUUGCGAAGGCGCCAUCAAUAGCCAGAAUACUGAGGGAACCCGACAUAGUCUCUCGAUAGCCGGAGUCUUCUUCAUAUUCCUCGUGUCAAUUAUAUUCUCCUUCUCCUUUGGCCCGAUUUCGUGGGUGUACAUGGGAGAAGUCAUGCCAAUGCAAAUCCGAGCUCGUGGAAAUGCUUUCGCUACAGGGAUUGGAAACUGGCUCGUCGCAACAUUCUUUGCGCAAAUAUCACCUAUUGCCCUCGGCAAUAUUGGCUGGAAGUUCUAUUUCGUCUUUGUUGCGUUUAACAUUGCUAUCACGUUUCCAGUUGUAUUCUUUUUCUUCAAGGAAACAAACCAAGUGUCACUUGAGGAUAUCGAUCUUCUAUUUGGAGAGAGGGCGUUGGGAGCUUUGCCGGCUGAUUUGCAUAAAGAAGGCGCUUUGGAGGUGCUUCCGAAAACUGUCGAUGCAGAGGUCCCAGACAUCAAAGUGUAG